GCCGCCCCCCUGGGCGACCGCGCUGCCCCUGCUGUCCCUGCCGACGACGCGGGACUGCCCGGCCCGGAUAUGGCUCGUGGACAACAGAAGAUUCAGUCUCAACAGAAAAAUGCCAAAAAGCAAGCUGGACAGAAGAAGAAACAAGGACAUGACCAAAAGGCUGCUGCCAAAGCUGCCUUAAUCUAUACCUGCACUGUCUGCAGGACACAAAUGCCAGACCCUAAGACCUUCAAGCAGCACUUUGAAAGUAAGCACCCCAAGACUCCACUUCCUCCAGAAUUGGCUGAUGUUCAAGCAUAAAGUUGUUUACAGGUGAAUUCAUGACACCUUUGACUCUUCUACUGUCUCAGACCUUAGGUAACAAACCUGCAGCUGCUUUUCUAACAAACUGUUGAUCAGCAAAAAUAAAGGGGCUACAGAAACACUCAUUUUUAUGCUGUUCCCUUUUGGGCUUCAUGCAAAAGACAAUUCUGUGUAAAUGUACAGUUGACUCUGAUUUGGAAAUCUGAAAAUCAGUCCAUCCUUGUUAUAAAAAUUUUUUUACAAUUGUAAUUAUAUUGAUGUUCAUAUUGUAUAAAAUAACUCAUUUAAUAAAGUAGUACUUUGAUUUUACAACAUUACAGGAUAAA